AAUACGAGAUGGACCGGUACCUCAUGGGCUGCGAAAGGACCAAUCAAAUCUCGCUGGGCGAUGAGUUCACGAACGCCACACACCCAGACGACCCGCUGCUCCAGAACUUCCAAAUGUCUUCCUCGGCCGACUACUUUCACACUCAGACAGACCAAGUGCAGUUCUUGGGGAAGAAAACUAUCCGUGGCGUGGAGUGCCAGGUGUACGUGGGCUACUACUAUGAUGUCGCCGCGGGGAGGAACUUUACAGUACAGUGGUACUACACGGAGCCGAUCUCCCUAAAACCAAUGCAGAUCUUGAAGGUAGACUUCAGCAAGGACUUUACAACAGCAGCCUCAACCACGCCCACAACCACACUGGCUCCCAUCGCCCCUCCGAUAAAAACCACCCCUGGGACACACCCACCACCCAUUGAGUCAUCUCCACACGCCUCUCAGACCCCUUCUUCCUCUGCCAAACCACCAUCCUCCUGCUCCUGCCCUCCCUCACAGACAAACAAGUGCCCAUCUCCAACACCCUGUACUUGCCCACAGACACAAACCCCGUCCUCUAACACACACCCUUCCUCUGUGAUUGGUUGGCCAGGAUGCCGCGUGCAGUGUGUGAAACACAACAUGUGCGACUGCUCACGGAGCCCCACCCACACAACCCCAUGCAAGCCUUGUUCUAACAAAGUCUGCCAAUGUAGCACACUCCGUCCUAUGAACCGCACGCCAAGCAAGAAAGACUGCAGUUUGUACCUGAAACAAGUUUCAAAUAAGGAUUCCUCAUCGAGUGUCUCAGUAGGAGCCCUGGUGGGGAGUAUAAUCGGGAGUCUAGUGUUGGGCGCAAUGCUCGGUGUGCUCAUUAUCAAAUGUAUUGUCUUCCGCAACGCUACGCCACAGGUUCGCCUCGUCAACUCGGACAUAGACUACAAGUAUUGAACAGCCGGGAUUUUUGUAUCGGAUUGAAAGUAGAUAUAUACAUAUUAUAAAAAGUGAA